AUGGGCUGGGUCUCAAAUGUUUGUCAUUUGCUAUUCAAUUGCUCUUCUUCUUCCACACCGCCUUUGUCCUCUCUGUCGGAUUUUGUUCCAUCUGUGUUGCCCUCGAUGGAUCUUGCUUUUAUCCCUAAUUUUGGAAGUCAGUCCACCGAAAAUACAGAAGUGGUUGAUUGUUAUGGAUUAACUCCACCGUUGAUUCUUGGAAUUUUAUGUUCUGGACCUCACAAGGUCAGAUAUGGGAUUAGAAGUCGGAGGUUCAUGGUCGGAUUGGAAGCAUCGGAAAUUAGGAAACGAAAAUGGAAGAGGCACCAGGGUGGACGAAUGGCAACUAUAAACUUGGAGUCAAGAGCAGCUUUACUUGCAGCAGAACAGGUGAUGCAUCGCAAAAUCUUGGUGUUAAUUAGGAGCAUAAUGGUGUUACUUGGUCCUAUGCUAUGGGGAACAUUACUAGCAGACAUUGUUAUUCAAAUGCUUGGAACUGAUUAUGCAAGAAUCUUGCAUGCAAUUUAUGCGUUUCCACAGGUGUAUAAAGAUGUGAUGCAGAGCAUGAAACAAGCCUGGUUGCAGCAAAUGUGA